GUUUGUGUCACUCUGUGAGACACGGAGGAGGUUUGUGGAGGAUCAUAUUCUCUCCGGCUCAGACUAAGAGCUGCUUGAAUCAUCGACUCUGAUCCUCCUCUUCUCAGACAGAAAGAGGAGGUGGAAGAGGAGGAAGAGGAGGAGGAGGAGGAGGAUGUGCUUCUGCUUUCAGUCUCAGAUUCAGCGACAAGAAGCAGCCCAGAAGUCAAAGAGAACACAUCUCGUUGCUUCAGGACAGCUGAUUCCAGUCUGAUGCUGAAAUCUGGUGAGUUUUCACUGUUAAAUGUGCUUGAUAAACUUGAAUAGUUUGAGACAAGUAUUUACAACAAAGCACUGCCAAAUUUAGUUUUGUUUUUUAAUCAAAGUGGAAAGAAAUCUUUGACAUUGAUGUUUAUAUAUGUUUGGUUUUCUUUAAGCUCUGGACAGUUUUGGAAGAAGAUGAGCUUCUUAUGAGAAAGUGGUGACACUGAAUUCAGAAGUCUCAGCUGCUUUACCUCCGGCAGAAAAUUUGGUUUGAGUGUGACAUUAAGUUACACUUGGCUGCAUGUCUGUGUUUUGGAGAAAUUUGAACUUAUUAAGACAAAGAUGACAAAGUGUGGAACUGGGCUGCUCAUUUGAAAACUGGAGAAGAUGAAGUUUGGGGGCAGUUUUUGCACCUUGAAUGUUGGUGGCCGCAGGUUUUCCUUCUCAGCAGAGCUGAUGAAACGCCUCCCUCUCAGCAGACUGAGUCGACUUCAUCGCUGUGUGUCCGAGAGCGAGCUACUGGAGCUCUGUGAUGACUAUGACCGUGACCGGAAUGAGUUUUUUUUCGACCGGCACUCUGAGGCCUUUAGCUUCAUCAUGCUGUAUGUGCAACAUGGGAAGCUACGUUUCAUGCCCCACAUGUGUGAGCUCUCCUUCUACAAUGAGAUGCUGUACUGGGGCCUGGAAAGUGCUGACCUGCAGCCCUGCUGCCAGCGACGCCUUGAUGACCGUCUCUCCGACUGCUUCGUCCACUUCUUCCCAGAGGAAGAGCCACGGGGCCAUGAGGAGCCUCAAAGCCGCUGGCUGGAGAGGAUGAGGAGGACCUUCGAGGAGCCCACGUCUUCACUGGCUGCACAGAUUAUCGCAUCAGUGUCUGUGCUCUUUGUGGUCAUCUCCAUGGUGAUGCUGUGUGCUAGCACUCUGCCAGACUGGAAAACUGCUGAGACCCUGGACCAGCACAGGUAGGACCUCACCUGAGCUCACGAGGACCAAGACUAUCACCUAAAUAUACAAGCAAUUACAAUCUUACAUAAACACAGACAGCAAGGCAAGACCUACAUACCAGGAAUGUCACAAUACAGGAUUUAUAUCUCAUGAUUAUGUGAUGAAAAAGGUUAAUUAGUAACAUUAUCAUGAUAUGUACAGAAAACACCCAAAUUUUUCAUCUCUUCUUUUGGCAAAAUACUCCAAACAGAAGCAGGGGGAGGUGGAAAGAGACUGUAACCAUAACUCUCCAAAAAAAAUGUGCAAGAAAGAACAAGCACAAAAAUGAAAAUAGUAGAGAGGCAACCAGAUGAACUGAUAAAACAUCCACAAACCCAACAUCUGCUAUCAAUAUGCAGAGAAAAUCAGAAUCAUUCACUGCUGCAGGAACAGGGAGCUCCUUAAUGCCCUGCAAACUCAAGUGUCUACAAACACCCCGCCUUUUUGUUUCAAAACUGAAAAACCCCAAACUGGUGAGAAAACUUUUUGGGGUGCAGGUGGAACACCUUCUAUCACCUGCAAUCUCCUGAAAAAUGAUUCGCAAUGCAGCACAGAUUGCUGCACAGUAAAGGCCUGCUAGUUAGCUGGUUACUGCGUCGUCUUCUACCACUGCUGCAUCUGCUUCUUUGUCUAUUUUAUCGUGGGUGGCAGCCAGCAUAGAUAACCAUGACCACCCCCUAUACUAUAAACCAUAAUGACACUGUGUUAUGGUAGUCUCUCAUCACAACAUCACUAUUUCAUGCUUUGAAAAGGUAGUUAUACCAGUUUUGUUGCAAGUCACAAAGGGACCCAAGAGCAGAACUCAGAGGCAAACUAUGGCACUGAGAGCUUUACGGCAGAGGCAAAGGAGCUGUUUUCAAGAGCUAGUGAUCCUUGACACAGAGUGAAGACAUAAAUUAGGAGCGCAACAGCCAGAAAAACAAAUAUCAAAAUCACUGUCAAAGGAAAAAAUCUACUAAAAAGGUCAUUGACCUUAUUAGUAGAAUUUUCCUUGAACAGUACUUGACUCAAGUACCAAACAAGACUUUAGACUUGCCAAUUUGGUAGGAAGAAUGUGAAGAGUCUUGAGUUUUAUACUACAGGGUUAAUUAGUGGACUGGCUGCAGGUGUGAAGCUGAGGACAGGUGAGCCAGGUUGAUAUAUUCAGGAGAUAGAGACCUGCACCUACACCUACACCUACACUUACACACACACACACACACACACACACACACACACACACACACACACACACACACACACACACACACACACAAACACUAACAUUACUAUUGUCAACACGUGUUUACAUUCAUUUUGCUUAUCUAUCAGGUACUUUUGGUUUCAUUGAAAUGUGUCUCGCUCUUGAAUAAAGAGGCUUCUAAGACCAAAGUUUGCAUCAAUAUUUUUACACUAUAAUAAACAGAAUUCAUAGAGACUGCUGAGAGAGAUUCUGUCAGAACUGACAGUUGGAUGAUGAAAAGAGGGAAAUCCAAACGCUGCAUUUUUUAUCAGAAGACUUGAUUCUGUUGAUUUGUCAGAGGACUACAGUCUCUCCUUUACUUCCAAGUCCAUGAAGCCUGUCAAAAGCCAAGAUGAAAUGGAUGUCUAGUGGGACCACCCACAAUUUCUGCCAUUUGAAAUACAAAUGUAACUGGAGCAAACUGAACCAGUUUGUAUUUACUUAUACAACAACAACAAAAAUAUCGUCAGAGCAGUAGACAUUUAAAAAACUCCAAUGAUUACUCUUUUUUUUUUUUGGCUUGUCCCAUUAACUUCAAUGCAAAGUUUAUCUUGACCAAAAAAUAAUUGUAUACGAUAGAGAGAGGAAUAGCACACCUAUCCCAAUCAAACCACACAUUUCUAUAUGUAAUUUGUCCAUCAACUCUUCAAGCUGUAGGACUAGCAAAUCGAAAUUUGUCCACAUGAGGAAUAAUAAAAAAUCCACAGUGUAAUAAUAGUGCUGCAUUAUUGUGAUGAUUAACUUUAAAUCAAUUUCACAAUAGAUAAACCUCUGUUUGCAAGGUCAGUGAACAGUCUGCUUUUUGUGGAUUUUUAAAUCUUCAAAAGCAAGAGUCUUUAUUGGCCCUGGAUGAUACCUGACUGAUCUAGAGAUGGGUCUGAAAUGACCAGACUGAACUGAAAGACUGUACCAGGAGGACUCAACUCAAUUGGGGUGAACUGAACUGAACUGUUAAGGUCCUUACACACCGGCGAAUUUGCGGAGCGAAGCGAAAAAGCGAGACGAAAAUGCGAGUAUUCACCGGUCCGAAAAAUCGCUUUCGCCUAUACACACCGGGCGCGAAGCAAAUAUGCUUAUAAAUUUCGCCCACUGGGAGCGUGUAUUCCUGAUCAGAAAUUAACCGGGCCAAUCAGAGCCCACUUUCCACUGUUACCUGGAAAACAGGGAAAGGCAGCCCCUGAUUGGUCCAUGUGUAGAUGGUGACGUCUAACACAUGCUGCGGGACUUUUCAAAGCGCCGUUCAUUCAGAACGCCCUUAAUUCUGCAGUUGACUUUGCAAAGUCGGCAGAAAUCAUUUAUAUCCGACGUCUUCUGUGGAUAUUAAUGAUUUUUCUGAUCGGGAAUACACGCUCCCAAUGGGCCGAAGUCCAGACUGUUGUGGGAAGGAACGGCAAGUGAUUCCCGCAACAAGAUGGCCCAGCCAGGCUCAUUUUUGGUUGAUAUUGAGAUGUAAAUCACAUGCAGCAACUGAAUUUAAACACUCUUGAGGCUGAAAAAAAAGAGGGGGGGGGGGUACUUCCACUGGUAUUGUUCACUCCUUCCCUCUGCUUUACUAACACACAAUCGCUCCUCGUUUCUCUUCCCCCUGUCUGCUCUUUUCACCUGUGACUAUAAGGCAGUUUGCACUGCUGAAGCACGUGUUGCAGAUACAGCAGUCCCCUCUCAACAUAUUUGAGUGUCAUCUGAAACCUCUUUGCACUCCCGUAACUUAUUAAAUCAGCUCUUCAUGGGGAAGAUUAAGUGAGAACUGACUUUCUGUGAUUGUGGGAAGCUAAAAUUAUAAUUACAAAGCCAGUGGUGCAGUACUUUUCUGAUGUUUAGAGGAACAUUAUGAGAUGUGGAUUCCUUUGCCUCUUAGAGACCUGUUGCAGUCCUCCCACUCAUGAUAAAAAUUUCUGUGUUUUUAGUGAUACAGUGGAAUUGAGAUUUUUAUUGAGAGAAAGAUCUUGGAGGCAGUAGUAUUUUCCCUCAUCUCCAAACACCAUGAUUACUGCUCUGGUAUAGAACUGAUCUAGGGAUGCGAGAAGACAAGGACAACAUCACAGUUAUCUCCUCCACAUCUGUUUCACUUCAGCCCUGAAUGGCCCAAAACGUUACCAAGCUUCAUAGUUUUAUACGCCAGUUAUAAGAUAAAAUAAGACGAACUUUACUGAUCUUCAAAGGGAAAUUCAAUAUUUAGUUAUAGGAACAGAUCCACACUUAAACAUAUAAACUCACAUACAACUAAGGAACAUAUUUUGACAAUAUUUAGGCUUCACUCUGGGUGACACAAUACUCCCAGAUAUCAAUAAAGACUGAACAGUAUCCAUCAUGUAGACGGUACAAAAUAAAACCAUGUGAUCCAGCUGCAAAAAUAGGUAAAUGAAGAUCAACAGCCUAUCUUUCCUAAAUGUUAAGUGCACGUGUCAGUCUCCUUUCUUUGAUUGGUUCUCAUCUCUGUCUCCUCUAAAUGACUCUUGCCUCUCUUUCUCCCCUCUGAUUGUCUCUCUUCCCUGCAGGAUCAUUGAGGCGGUAUGCAUUGGUUGGUUUACAGCUGAGUGUAUCGUCCGAUUCCUCAUUUCUCGAAAUAAAUGCGAGUUUGUCCGUCGCCCCCUGAAUAUCAUUGACCUGCUGGCCAUCACCCCAUACUACAUCUCUGUAACCGUGACGAACCUCACUGGAGAGAACUCUCAGCUGCAGCGGGCCGGUGUCACUCUGCGUGUCCUGCGUAUUAUGAGGAUCUUCUGGGUGAUCAAGCUUGCACGUCACUUCCUGGGUCUGCAGACACUUGGCCUGACACUGCGGCGCUGCUACAGGGAGAUGAUGAUGUUAUUGAUAUUUAUCUGUGUGGCCAUGGCGAUCUUCAGUGCACUGGCUCAGCUGCUGGAGCAUGGACUGGACCUAGAGAGUGGAAACCAGGACUAUGCCAGCAUCCCUGCCGCCUGCUGGUGGGUAAUCAUCUCCAUGACGACUGUGGGUUACGGGGACAUGUACCCGGUGACGGUUGCAGGCCGCGUGCUGGGUGGCCUGUGUGUGGUGAGCGGCAUCGUGCUGUUAGCACUGCCCAUCACCUUCAUCUACCACAGCUUCGUCCAGUGCUACCAUGAGCUGAAGGUGCGCUCUGCUCGUUGUACCCACAGUCUGUCUGCAGAGUUCAUCCACUAAAUACUGUUGAGAUGAAGAAAUAACUAACUGCUGAGGUGGAGCAAAAUAGAACUUUUUCCAUUUAAUGCUUAGCUGGAGAGGUGACCUACAGAUUUACCACUGACUGUUGAGGUGGAUGAGCGAGAUGGCAUUUAUUCUGUCAAUGGAUUUUGAUGCAUUGUGGUGACAUUCAUUUCUUACAAAUCCUGAGAACUAUAAAACUCUUCAUCAGGUCUAGUGACAUUUUAAUUUUGACAACUGACAAGUUCUUCCCUCUGUUUUAACUAUCUAUUUUGGGUUUUCUGGGAUUGUAGGGUAGAAUUUUCCCCUUUUUUAAAUGUAUUUCAACACUGUAAUCGUAUCAGGUUUAGUUUCUCUUAAGUUCAAGGACCAUUAUCUAACAGGAACUUUUGGUUUAAAAAAAAUGGAGACUUUAAAGUUACAAAAAAUCAGGGAAACUCUUUAAAUACUAGAUGUAGCCUCCGUGGUGUCACUGACUGUUUUUCUUACUGUGUUAUUUUAUUCAAAAUUCCUAUUUCGCAGUUGCAUGACCAGAAGUUGUUAUUGUUAUUUAGAAAAAGGCUGUCCUGGGGUUUGCAAACACCAAGUUAUGAAAGCUCAGCAGUCAACACUCAUCACCCUUGAGUUUCACACAAAGUAAAGUUGUAUUGUUGGUUUUGGCUGACUGCAUUAGCUUAUUGUCAGACGAAAUAACCAGGAGAGCUUGUGGUACCUAACAGCCUUAAAUGACUCAUCAAAAUCUCAUGUGAAUGAGGAGCGAUGACUUACACAUACUACAUAAUUCAAAACAAGCAGUUUUUUUAGGGCUGUUAUCAUAACCUCAUUAGAGUAAAGCAGUCAGUAAUCCUGGCCCAAACACUGGUCAACAAAUCACAUACAGUCAUCAUAGAAUGAGCUGUGAGGUCUGGUAUAGAGACACUAACUUGAACAAUUACUAGAGCUUCACUCUCGAGAAAGUCUUGCUCAUUAACCUCUUGGGCAUCAACCACACACAAAGUCAUAAUCUUUGUCUUAUCUCUGUAGGAAUAUUUUCAACCAUCGAUGCAAAGGUGUAUAAAAUUUCACCCCCUGGUUAUUUAUCACUGAUUUAGGUGGACAUUUAUGCGCGGCCUCAAACAUCUCUCUGGACUUAUAGAGCCAGCCAUGAAUGGACACUAGAAGAGCUGCAGUUUUUGCACACUGGCUUCAUUUCUCAACACCACAGGUUACCACUUUGUGAGAAGGUGUUACGCUGAAGAAAGGAAAAAAAACGUAGUGACUGUUAUAUACCAGAGGACAUGAAGUUUAUUGAAAUUGGACACACAGUGGGCAGUAUUUCUUUCAACAGAGCGGCAAAUACCUUUUCAGAAAACAACCUGUGGAUAAGAGAAUUACAAGGAUGGUGUUACAUUAGAGCUUCACUGUGGGUGUACAAAGAUUGCAAUCUACAAAACAACUGAAUCUGUGAAACUCAAUCCCUGGUGAAUGUAAGAUAUUAAAAGGGAAAAGGACUUUGCUCAUCUGUUUCCAAGUAAAGGUGCAUGAGUGAGGAGUGAUAUGAAACCCUGCGCACUGCCUGACCUGCAAAAAGAAAAAUAGUGUCAGUGUUUGGGUUCUUAAACCCAACUGUGCCUGAUGAAGGUGUGGGACCAAAACAGUGUCAGUGAAUGUUUUUCUCUUUUUUGCCAGUGUAAUAGUGGGCUGGAACACAGUCCAACACAGUUUUAGCAUUGAGAUAAUUACAGUAAAUGUUCUAUGUGGUUUGGAGCUGUUUCAACAUUUUCAGAAGUUUAUAUGUUAGCAGUUGUUAAGAGGUCUGCAAAUAUGAUAAGACCUAAGCCAUCUCUCUGUCUCUCUCUGUCUCUCUCUCUCUCUCUCUCUCUCUCUCUCUCUCUCUCUCUCUCUCUCUCUCUCUCCCUCUCUCUCUCAUUUCCUGCUCUACUCACCAGCCUCUACCUGUCAAUAAAGGCCAAAAAGCCCAAAAAUACAUCUUAAAAAGACUUGAGCCAUCUUAAGAGUAAAAAUCAUUUUGUCUAUUUGUCACUACACUCAUAGAAACAACAACAGUGGCUGAUGUUACUGACCUGACACAAAAAUCUUAGAAGGUGGGGGAAAAUCAAACAUGCCAACCAUGGGAUAAAACGAUCAAUUUACUGGUCUGGACACACUAUGUCUGCCAUAUCGCGCAAUAAUCCAGCUGAAAUUGUGUUGUCAUCGCCCUGCAUUAGCCUCUAAAGUUACUCAGUCCACAGAUCUGUAAUGCUAGGUCAGUUAAAAAUCUGAUUAAUAACCAGUAGGGUGCAUGCAUUUAAGAUAUUAUACAACACUCUUAGUGAUGUCACUGUGCCAGAAUGAAUGAACGAGUGUAUCUUCUCAUUCAUGGAGGUGAAAUGUUUAAUUACGCACAACCCACAGUGCUGUGACUUCAUUGAUAAUGGAAAUCUCCAGACAUGCCAACAGUUCAGUUAAAUCUCUGACUGGAGAUGAGAUGUGUUUUCUACACAUCCCAACAGUUCCUUUUUAAAAUGGAUAAUAAUAGGCUACACUUGAUAAGAACUACUCUACAACUUGGAUUUGGGUGACUGAGAUUCUUUUCGGUGAGUUAGAGUCAAUUUGGAUUUGAACACCAAGAACUUGAGACCUGUCUCAGACUUGAAGUUUGAGGACUUGACUACAACUUAUCAUUUACCACAAGCAGGUCAGAGGCCCAGUCCCAUCUCCAUGCUCAUGGACUCAGGUUCUUUGAGGCGAGUUCCAGCAGGUUUUUUUGGCUCAGCUGGAAGGUCUGUGCCUACACUCUCAUCUCAAACUUUUGAGGCUUAAUUUCAGUUUGGUUUUGUUUGACAGGUUUGUGGACUAGUUUGUGCUCUCAUACUAACCACUUCUUUACUUUUCUAUGUAAGCUUGAAAAUAUAAAUGUUAUGACGCAACUCAAGUAAUAACUGGUUAUGUGUCUCUCUUUCUUUUAAAGACCACAUGAUUUCCUCUGUAAUGUGUGAGGUUACAGUGGUGUGCCCCUCUUUUUUCCAUAAUUUCAGGUCCUCAUGGAUUAUUGUAUCAUGGGACUUAGUAUUGGGUCAGAGACUUUUCUUUGGACACAAAAGACAAACCAUCAGGCGACCUCCCUCCUGCCCCUCAGAGGACACGGCAUGUUGCUGUUUCAUAUUCAUCUGUUUGGGCCUCUCUCCACCUUCGGACCCUGAGGGGUUAAACCAGCCUGUCCAGUUACAGUCUGUGCUGUAACUGAAUCUCUUCCCACCGGCUAAUCACCCUUUGUGGUUUCCAAGGCAACAGCAGACUCAAAGGCAGGAAGUUUAAGUGUUGGAAACAUUUGGUUUUGAAUGUCAGGAAGCGUGACUUAUCUCACUGAAAACUCUUUGUCUAUUUAUUCGUCGUCUUUGGUGUGAAAUUCUGCAGGGUUUAAAGAGAAGCACAUCGAUGCCAACUCUUCCUCUCUUUUUUUCUCUCUUUCUUAAUUUCUUGCAAACAUUUGUCUCCAUGAAUGACAGACAUGACUGGACUACUUUGAUUCUCCAAAAAGCUUAAGAGGUCUCCAUUAAAGGAUCAAAUAUAUAUAAAUUUUUGCUUUAUACUUUUAAGCAAGCACCAAUCCCAUCAUAACUUUAACUGCAGGAACUAUUGUGUAUAAUUGUGGAAACACAGACAGAAUAGCUGCAUUUAUGGAAAGAUUACAUUUUUUUGACUAUCCAUUGUAGCCCAUCUCUUCCCCUUUUUAGCUGAACUCCCUCUACAUGUCAGUGGUGAAUAGACUUCCCUGAUGUUGUGGUUUUCAGACCUAAGAUCAUUAAAAGCACUUUUAAACCGCAUAUCACAUUCACUUCAUAACUUAGCUUCAAGAAUGAGCUAAGGGCUGCCCAUUAUAUACUGUCCAGUUUAAUCAUUGGUAUCAUAUUUGAAAUAAAAAAUAAAAAUAAAAAAAACAGAUUGCAGAAGUCAAAACAUAUGACAAUAACUUGACUGAAUACGUAUGUAUGAAUAAUAAAUAUUUUCCAACUCAGACUGCUGCUAUGUUAGCAGGAAGCUCAAGCUAUCCUCAGACUUCCUAUAUUCUGGAGCGACAUGAUAGAAAUAGUCUAAAAAGCAUUCUGUUAUAACAGGAUUAUGGCGAAUAAACUCUAUUAUAUAUCAUUUCAGUCAGGACCACUUUUAAAAUAUAUUGAUUACGGUACAUUGAAUGUAUUGAUCAAUAAAAAUAAUUGAUUACUUGCAUGCGAUAGUUAUAUUUGAUGAAUACCAGUUCCCUUUUAAGAGGUCCCUGCCUUUCCAUUUGAUAAUGUGGAAUGCCAUAGCCUGCAGCAGGGAGAGCACACCUCCCCUCUGUUUCAUGGGAUAGCCAAGGCCGAGCAGUGGCAACAGAAAAGAACAGAGCAGAUAUCAGUAACAAAAAUUCUUAAUCCAUAAAAUGAAGCAAAAAUAUGGGAUCACAUUAGUCUUGCCUUUUGUAGAUAGACAAUCCUUAUAGCAUGUCAGUCAAUCAAUCAACCAAUCUUAAUUUAUGUCAUGCUAAUUCCCAACAAGUGUAAUCUCAAGACUCAUAACUAAAAAAAGGUCUCAGCCAGACUCUGUUUAAAAAGACCAAAUGCAAAGAGGGAUAAGAUUCAAUCCCACCUUGUAAGAUCAGAACCACUCCCAUCCUAUCUUCAACCACAUAAGUGAAAUACUUGACAGCAUUUAGAGAGUCACAGAAGAGAUGAAGAACUUCAUUUAACAGGCAGAAACCUUGAGCAGAACAAGACUCAUGUUAGACAGUCAUCUGCCGAGACUGAGCUGAGUUUAGAGAGGGGAGAGAGGGAGAUGAAAAAAGAGAGAUGGACAGAGGUGAGACUGAUAGAGGGAGAUGGAGAAAGAGAGAGAUGGACAUAAGAGAGACUGAUAGAGGGAGAUGGAAAAAGAGUAAGCACGGACUAAUGCCGGUAUUAAAGCAGCUGUGCAGCUAAACAUCUGCAGAAAAAACAGUGUAUUCAUGAUAUGUUUGAAGACCAACACUGAAGUUGUCACUUUUCUGCUGGAAGGGUAAGAGAACACUUAUUUGCUUGAAAUUAAACUCAAUUUGGUUUUGGUCAAUUGAAUUUUACUAUAACAGAUGAAACACAAGUAGCUGUGCAAAUAGUAAGGUGAGUUGUUGAAACAUAUUGGUGGUUUUGUUGCUGUUUCUGAAUCAAAUGCUUUUACAAAAACUUAGCUUACUGUUCAGUGAGGGUGAAAGCACAUCAGUUGAACGCAUCUUUGAAAUUAAGUUAAGGAGCAGCAGUGUGAAAACAAAACAGCUGAGGAUGACUAGAUUAUGCCAGACAAAACACCAGCACUUAUUUUUGGACAAAUGGACUAUUUACUCUGGUAUGAGCAUGGCAUCGCAAGUUGAGCCAAAGGAUGAGUUAAACUCUGUUUCUAGGCAACUGAACAUUUCUUUUGUCAACUGGCUGCACUUCAAGGUACCACACAUUUUUUUCUGACUGCAAUGGAGGAUGACACAUGGGAGAAGUUUUUGUUAUUUGCACAACACAAAUUGUUUGGGCUGUCACAAAAAACAUUUCACAAUAUUAAACGGCUGGGAGAUAAAAUGAUUUUUUUUAUAUCUAGGUCAAUAACUCGGAUUUUUAAGUAUGCUGUCAUAAGGCAGUGUAGGUGAGUUCUGUGGUGGGCUUAAAUUGUUUACUUUAAGUGUGGAUGAUUUUGGAAAAGUAAUAAGAUUUAAAUGUCCAUUU